UCGAAUUGAUUGAUGCGCGUGAGUGUUACAGUGAGAGGUGUGGUGAGAGGGAGAGGCUACCAUGGGCGUUGGAGUGUUGAGAGUGAGUGCCAGGGGAAGGCGAAGGGGAAUGCCAGUUCCUGGAAUUCCCUUCUUCGCAUGCACUCCACCCAUGGAUUGCCCCAAAGUGUCCUUCGAUGUUUUGCUUCUUUUCUCAACUCUGGCCAUUCCCCUGAUCAGUUUACUUUCGCCAUCACUCUGUCCGCCUGUGCAAAGCUACACAAUGUUGAGUUGGGGAGGGCAGUUCACUGCUGCAUAAUUAAGAGGGGUCUUCAAUCUGCUUCCUUCUGUCAUGGCGCACUCAUCCAUCUUUACGCCAAUUCCUACUCUCUCACUUCUGCUCGCACCCUAUUUGACGCCGCACCCUCCCCUCAUCUCCACCCUGUUUCUUGGACCUCUUUAAUUUCUGGUUAUGUUCAAGCCGGCUUGCCUCAGCAAGCACUUCACGUAUUUGACAAAAUACGCACCACUGUUUCUCCCGCUUCUUUUCCACUUCUAGACCCUAUGGCACUUGUCACCGUCUUAAACACUUACACCUCUUUAGGAAAGCUGGACAAUGCUUGCCAAUUGUUUGCACAGAUGCCCAUCUCCACCCGCAAUGUUGUGGCCUGGAAUGUCAUGAUUUCUGGUCAUGCCAAGAGAAGCCAUUAUCAGGAGGCUCUUGCCUUCUUUCGUCAAAUGAGUAAGCAUGGUGUCAAAUCCUCAAGAUCCACACUCGCAAGUGUUUUAAGUGCAAUUGCCAGUUUAGCCGCCCUCCAUCACGGCUUCCUAGUUCAUGCCCUGGCUAUCAAGCAAGGUUUCGAUUCCAGUAUAUACGUUGCAAGUUCUUUGAUCAAUAUGUAUGGCAAGUGUGCGAUGCUGGAUGCUGCACGCCAAGUAUUUGAUGCUAUAUCUCACAAAAAUAUGAUUGUCUGGAACACCAUGCUAGGAGUUUAUUCACAGAAUGCCUAUUUAAGUAAUGUCAUGGAGUUGUUCUCGGAUAUGACAAUAUGUGGCGUUCACCCAGAUGAAUUUACCUACACAAGCAUUUUGAGCUCGUGUGCAUCCUUUGAAUACGUACGAAUUGGUCACCAGUUGCAUUCAACUAUUAUCAAGAAGGGUUUUACCUCCAAUUUAUUUGUCAACAAUUCAUUGAUAGAUAUGUAUGCCAAAGCUGGGGCUUUGACGGAAGCUGCUAAGCAGUUUGAGCUCAUGACAUGCCGAGAUCAUGUUUCCUGGAAUGCCAUUAUUGUUGGUUAUGUGCAGGAAGAAGAGGAGGCUGUUGCUUUCAGUUUGUUUCAAAGAAUGAAUUUGGACGGUGUUGUACCUGAUGAGGUAUCUUUGGCCAGCAUACUUAGUGCAUGUGGAAAUAUUAAGGUGCUAGAUGUAGGACAGCAACUCCAUUGCCUGUCAGUUAAGUUGGGUUUAGAAACUAACCUUUUUGCUGGAAGUUCUCUUAUUGACAUGUAUUCAAAAUGCGGAGACAUUGAAGAUGCACAAAAAAUUUAUUCUAGGAUGCCUGAACGGAGUGUGGUCUCCUUUAAUGCUCUGAUUGCAGGAUAUGCUCCAAAAGACAUAAAAGAAGCUAUUAGUCUUAUUCAUGAGAUGCUGAUACUGGGACUGAAGCCAUCUGAGAUUACAUUUGUGAGCGUCAUAGAUGUCUGUAAGGGUUCUGCAAAGGUAAUUUUAGGCAUGCAGAUCCAUUGUGUUGUAGUAAAGAGGGGUCUCUUAUGUGGUAGCGAAUUCUUAGGAACCUCUUUGUUGGGCAUGUAUAUGGAUUCACAAAGGCUUGCAGAUGCAAGCGUUCUUUUCUCGGAGUUUUCUAACCUUAAAAGCACGGUAAUGUGGACUGCUUUAAUUUCAGGAUAUACCCAAAAUGAGUGCAGUGAUGUGGCCUUAAACUUGUAUCAGGAAAUGCGUGGCAACAGUAUCUUACUCGACCAAGCAACUUUUGUUACUGCUCUUCGAGCUUCUGCUCUCUUAUCCUCACUGCAUGAUGGUAGAGAGAUACAUUCUCUAAUCUUCCAUACUGGUUUUGACUUAGAUGAGUUAACAGGUAGUUCCCUUGUAGACAUGUAUGCAAAAUGUGGCGAUGUAAAAAGUGCUGUUCAAGUUUUUCAUGAAUUGACUAUUAAAAAGGAUGUGAUUUCUUGGAACUCAAUGAUAGUUGGAUUUGCCAAAAAUGGUUAUGCAGAAAGUGCCCUGAAGGUCUUUAAUGAGAUGGCUCAAUCAUGCAUUACCCCUGAUGAGGUAACAUUUCUUGGAGUGCUCACUGCUUGUAGCUAUGCAGGGUGGGUUUAUGAGGGUAUUCAAGUUUUUCACAUCAUGGUAAACUGUUAUGGAAUUGAGCCUAGAGGGGAUCACUACGCUUGCAUGGUUGAUCUACUUGGUAGGUGGGGUUUUCUAAAGGAAGCUGAAGAGUUCAUUGACAAAAUAGAAGUUGAACCGAAUGCUAUGAUUUGGGCCAAUUUAUUGGGUGCUUGCAGAAUACAUGGGGAUGAAAAGAGGGGACAGAGAGCGGCUAAAAAACUUAUUGAGUUAGAACCCAGAAACUCUUCUUCAUAUGUGCUGCUUUCAAAUUUGUAUGCUGCAUCUGGACUUUGGGAUGAAGCUAGAUCUUUGAGGAGAACAAUGAUGCAGAAAGAUAUCCAAAAAAUGCCUGGCUGUAGCUGGAUCGUUGUAGGACAAAAUACAAACCUAUUUGUUGCGGGUGAUAAGUCACAUCCUAGUUGUGAUGAAAUUUCACUAGCAUUAAAGCACCUGACGGCACUAAUUAAAGACAAUACAUUCCAUGAUUUCCUGGGUUAGUUACUUGUAGUUAUUCUAUGUGAUUGGACGUCAAGAUUAUUUGAAUCUCAUCACUUGAAGGCUGUUUUAAGGAUUUGAUUCUUCCCAAAUCAUAACGUGUUGGGGAGUUUAUUCAACCAAAUCUCAUCACAUGAAGACUGUUUGUGCUAUAGGUCGUAUUUGUUAUGAACUUUUAGCCUUGAUGUCUAGACAUCUACAUCCUAAUCUACUUUUAAUGGGGAACUUUUGUACACAUUCUUCUCUGCUUGCAUCAUGUUCCAAGCGUUGAAUGACAUCUAUGUGUCUUUCAAACUCAACUCUUUGGAUAGAUUAAACAGUUUAUUCUGUAAGUUAGCCCCAUAAGCAAUUAUUUGCUGUGAUUUGUCCAAGGAAGGAUUGAUGG